UGUCCUUUGGCAUUCCAGGAUAUGGCCGUAUACUUCACCCAAGAGGAAUGGGACCUUCUAAAUGAGGAGCAAAGAAUAUUGUAUUACACCGUCAUGGAAGAAAAUUCUGAGACCAUAACCUCUUUAGAGCUUUUGAUUUCCAAACCAGAUCCAAGUCUCCAACCUGACUGGGAUGAAGAGGCACAGAGGACUGAUUUCCAGAACUUCAAAGGGAAAGACUCUAUUGUUCAAGGAGUUAUGAAUUGGGAGGACAUAACUGUGGUCGAAUUGCCACCCCAAUAUCCAUAUGACUGCUUCCAUAAUGGCGAAUCUGACACGAUCUUCCAGAUCAGAAGAGAUGGGAUGAUACAGGAGUCUGAGGAAAAGAAUAAUCUGAGAUAUUCUUCUCCAGAAAGCCUGACUACCAGGAAAAAAAUGCAUCAAGAAGAGUUUGGAGCAGAGCAAUUUCAGGAGCCAACGCAGUGGGAUGUGCUCUUUGAUCCUGAAAUUUCUGAACCAAUGGAGGUCAAAUCUAGAAGACAGCAAGGGUUAUUCCUGGAGCUGAUACAAGCUUCUAAGGCGGACGAGAAAAUGCCCAGCAGUAGCUCCCAAGUAGGUUCUACUGUAUCAAAAAGAAACUACCCCUGUUCUGAAUGUGGGAGAAGUUUUGAUCGCCGUUCCAACUUAAUUAAACAUCAGAGGAUCCACACGGGAAAAAAGCCAUAUCCGUGUAUUGAAUGUGGAAAAUGCUUUGACCAGCAGUCCAAUCUAAACGUCCAUCUUAGAGUUCAUACUGGAGAAAAACCACAUGGCUGCCCUGAUUGUGGCAAAAGGUUUAGUAUCAAGUCACAUUUACACGGACACUAUAGGAUACACACAGGGGAGAAGCCAUUUGAAUGUGAAGACUGUGGGAAGAGCUUCCGUGUGAAAUCUUCCCUAAAUAAGCACCAGCAAACCCAUACAGGAGCUGCCAAGCUCUCCAAACCAUCUGAGAUCAAAUCAGAGGGGCCCCGGGCAAUAUUGCCAGAAGUGACAUGUGUUUAUGCAGCUCCCAAAACAGAAAAAAUAAUUAAAAUUAUGAGUAGGAAGCCCCCUAUAGAAAUUGCAGUGUCGAAUAAGAAUUUUUCCUGUUUCGAGUGUGGGAAAUGGUUUGAUCGAUCGUCACAUCUCAUCACACACCAAAGGAUCCACACUGGGGAAAAGCCAUAUCUGUGUAUUCAGUGUGUGAAACGUUUUCAUCAGCAGUCUAACCUUAAUGUCCAUUUGCGUCUCCACACUGGGGAGAAACCUUAUGGCUGUCCUGAAUGCGGCAAAAGAUUCAACAUCAAAUCCCAUCUACAUGGACAUUACAGGAUCCACACAGGUGAGAAGCCAUUUGAGUGUGAAGACUGCGGGAAGAGCUUCCGGGUGAAAUCUUGUCUAAAUAAACAUCAACACAUCCAUAAAGGAGAAAAACAUUAUAAGUUUCUCUCCUGAUAAAAAGACCUGCAGCUCUAUCUUAAUUAAAUAUCAGGUCAUUCUGGAGAGGAAGAUUACAAUGCUUUAAAGUUGGGGAAAAGCAACUUUUGCAACAAACGAGACUUUGCCAAAGAUGAAAAGAAUUCACACAGAAGGAAAUUCUUCUGCUUUCCUUCCGCAAGAAAUAACCAUCUGAAAAUCUACAGAGAAGGAAGUCCUUGUGGGUGCUUAAAUCUGGGGGGGGAAUGUUCAGGAAGAUAGUUCUAGCAGUGAUCAGAAAGGGCUGGAUUUAAACACACAACUGAUCAUAGCAGCACAAAAACAGGCAAUUAGUAUAUGAUCCAUAAAAACAGGGGUCUACUAUCUAGACAAAUGCAGAGGUGCCUCAGAGACAGGCGAACACAUAAUCUCUAGAUACAACGCAUUGAUGCAGGCAGAAACAGCACACUCUGAGCAGCCCAACAAGAUAACUAGCAUUGUGUACAGGAAUAUAUGCACAGUGUAUGUGCCACAUCACAUCCAGAUGGGAGAAUCAGCAGAAGGUCAUGGAAAAUGAUAGGACUAAGAUUCUGUGGGACUUCCAGAUUGAGACAGAUAGGCAGGUACUAGCCAAUCAACCAGACCUCAUGGUAAUAGAUAAGGAUAGAAGACAGCAAUGUGAUAGAUGUAUUGCUAACCAAAUGACAUCAACGUGUGAAAGGAGGAGUAUAAGAAAUUGGAGAAGUUCCAGGGCCUGAAGAAGGAAGUAGAGGAGAGGUAGAAAGUCGAAGUGGUCCCAGUGGUGGGAGGACUACCUGUGGCUGUGACUCCUAAAUUAGAAUAAUAGUUCCAACAGGCCUCAAGAAUAACACCAGAGCUUUCUAUUCAAAAGAGUGCAAAGUUAGGAAGCUAAGAUCCUACCAGAACCUUCAAACUCCCAGGCCUCUGAAGAGAGGUCCAGAGACUGAAAAGGACACAUCACCAUUGGGGUGAGAAGGGACUCCUUUAAAUGUACAAUAUAAUUCAUAUGGUACAAGCUGUAACCAUUCAAAAUGCAACAAUUGAAAGAUGUUUCCGUGGUUUUUUUUGUUUUUUUGAAGGAGGCUAUUGUUUAGUGAAUUCCCUAAGGAACAAAGGCAAAUGCUUCUAUGGAGUCAGAUGGAACUUAAAUGCCUUAAACUUAGAACACAUUGAGAGCCAGUUUGAUAUAGUGGCUAAGGUGCUGGUCUAGAAACCAGUAGACUUGAGUUCUACUCCCUUCUUUCUCAACCCAACCAAGCUCACAAGAUUAUUAGGGAGAAAAUAGGCAGAGGAAGGCGUGUUGGCAUAGCACAAGGUUCAGUGGUUCAUUUCACCUGUGCAAUUUAGCCAACCACCACACAGAAGUGGGUGGCAAUACAUUAAGUACUUUAUUGCUGCCCAGAAGAGCUCACACUUGGAUUAGAGUCACAAAGCAAGCACCCUCUGCAUUCCCCUCACAACAGAUAUUUAUAUACGCUACAGAUUGCGUUGUUUUGGAUGGUUGAAUCCAUUUGCCUUAUGAUACCUCUUAUUUAUUUAUUUUUGAUGGGUUCUUCCCUUUGUCUGAACAGAUAUUCUUAAUGGCCUUAUGAGGGUGCCUGGUGACUGCCCAUUUUUCCCUUAGAAAGUUCGCACAGCUUCUAGUGUGG